AAUACCCAUUAGAUUUAGGACCAGACCCAACCCAAACCUAUCGCAUGUUCGCAUCGCUAUCGACCAGACCCAACCCAAACCUAUCGCAUCGCUAUCGUGCUACUGCUAGCAAGCAAUCCUAACCUCUCUGUAUAAAAACAUACUUUGUGUAGAAUUAUUUUAUUCUACAGUUUAGCUUCAGAGAAAAUCAAACCUAUUAUUAACCUGGUGUCUGUUUUAAAAUGUGUGUUCAGUUUUGAAAAUGCUUCUUCAAUUUCCUAGAUUAUUGAAAGACGCAGCUUCUAUUCUAAGACAGGUCUCAGAGGAAGAUAGAAGUGUUAAAGACCUACUGUAUAACGACAAAAAAUUCCAGUUCAGUAACAUUAAGAAAUUAUAUGCCAUAGUUAUCAAAGCUCUUCAAAACUGGGAUGUUAUAGAAAGUCUAAUAAAGGAAUCAAAUAUUUUGGUAGAACAUCAUCGCCUCGACAUAUGGCGAGUCAGAAUAGCCAUAUCAGAGCUCCUAUUUGGUGAAACGUCUCUUCUAAACUCUGAUAAUAACACAAUACAAACUGUAAUUCAAAAUGAAGAGCGUUUAAAGCAAAUACUAUCAAAAAAGCAAGCUAACGCAUCUCUUGGAAACAACAGUGAUGAAAUAAGUCAUGCUAAAGUGAGGUUUGUCAAGAUAAAUUUAAUCAAGGACAAUGUAAACUCUGUGAUUGAGAAAUUCCAAGAAGAUGGUUGGGAGAAACUGAAGCCGGCUAACAGUUAUGAGGAUUACUUAGAUCAGCUGAGAUCUUUGGAGCCCAAUAGUGCAGGGUUUAUACAAGACUUUCAUCUACCUGAAGUUCUGGCUUUUCCUCCCGGAACAGAGUUCCAGGACUACGAACUGUACUGCAAUGGCUCAAUUAUCCUCAUGGAUAAGGCAAGUUGUCUGGCACCGUUGCUGUUGUCACCGCAGAGGGACAGCCAUGUUUUGGACAUGUGUGCAGCUCCGGGACUCAAGACUAUUCAGCUGGCUUCCUACUCUUCCUCUGGGAAGGUCUAUGCAGUGGAGAGAGAUGAAAAACGAUACUAUUCCUUGGAAAAGAUGAUUGAACACAGCGGGGCUGACAAUGUCACAACUAUUCUAAAAGAUGUAACACAACUGGACGUUGAUAAGUACAAACAUGUGGAGUACAUUUUGGUGGACCCAUCAUGCACUGGCUCGGGAGUUAGAUUGAGACAGCCCUCAACAAACCUAAAAGCACGACUUGACGAGAAGACUAGACUGGAGAAACUGGCUGGAUUUCAAAUUACAUUGCUACGAUUUGCUUUAACCAGGUUUCCUGCAGCUAAACGAGUUGUCUACUCAACGUGUUCUCUUAACGUUGAAGAAAAUGAAAACGUUGUUCAAGAAGUUUUGCAAAGCUGCAAUGACAAUUUUGAAGUUGUAUCAGCACGAAAACAACUUCCUGGAUGGAAAAACUUUGGAUCAAAAGAAUUUCAGUUUGGGGAUAAAUGUAUAUAUUGUCAGCCUGAAGUUGACCAAACAAAUGGGUUUUUUAUUACAGUGUUUGAACGAAGGAAAAACCAUGUUGAUGUCAAUACAUUUAGAAGCGAUAAAGUAGAAAAUACAUUUAGAGGAGAGAAAAGAAAAGGUUUUGAAGAAAAGUCAGGUUAUAAGUAUGAUAGUAUCAAUGCACCAUCUCCUAAAAAAUCAAAAGUUGAACAUAGUCAAGAAAAAAUAAAUGAAGGAGAUAAAGCUAUUCUAAACACUGGCAAUUCAGAAGAGGCUAAACUCAAAGUUAAAAAGAUGAGUGUUUCAGAAAAGAAACGUGCUAGAAAGAAAAUGUUAAAGAUAAAGAAAAAAGUCAUCAAACCGAAGAAUAAACAGACUACCAUUAAAUCAAAGAACGAUAAAUCUAGCAGUAAGGAGAACACAAAUAAAAUAAAUUCAAUACAAAAUAGUGCCAAUAGUAACUCACAUUGUGACAGCAAAUCAACCAUUAAAGUAUCUAAAGCCAAACUAAGGCAUAAGCGAGCGAAGCUGAUGAAAAUGAAAAGUAAAUCUGGAGAAAAUUGUAGUGAUGACAAAGAUUUGAGCAUAUUGUCAAGAACUAAAGGAUUAAAUAAACUUGGUGAAGUAGAUAAAACUAAGGUCACGGAAAAGAAUGAUAUGAAUAAAAAUAAAAAUGAAAUGACUGAGAACACAGCGUCUCAAAAAAAUACAAAAGAAAAAGUAAAAAAAGAAACCCCAGAAAUAAGUGGUCAUAGAAGUAGUGACAAUAAACUUAACCUUGCUGAUCUUUAUGUUAACAACGUUAAAGGUGGUUUUGAAAAAGAUAGUACAUCAAGCAAAAGACAGAAACAUUCAAAAGCUGUUAUUGAUGUUGUAACUCCUGAAAUUCAGAAAAGUCAAGAUACACAGUCUCACAAAGAAAAAAGUAAAAAGACACAAUCAUUAAAUUAUGAAGAUGAAAAAACUUUUUGUGGGAUUUCUGAUAAACCCUCUUUUCAAGCAGGUUGCAAAAAAAUUGUAGACAUCUCAUCUGCUAUUGACGAAAACAAUGAAAUAGAAUUUUCAAAAAAGAAACGCAAAGAAAAACAUUCCUUAGAAAAUGUUGAUGGUAAAGUUAGUUCAUACGAUGUUUGCAUAGUUGAACCCAAUAAAAAAAUUAGGGAUGAAAAGUGUGUUGAAAGUAAUGAAAAUGUUGAAGAAAGGAGACCCAAAAAGAAACACAAGAAAAAAUACACCAAAGAAAAUAGUGAUUUAAGUCAAGUUAGUCACAUUGUUGAAGACAAUUUUAGAGCUGAAACAAGACAGGAAAGCACAGAAGGUGUUAGUAUUGAAAAUGAGGAAAGUGCAGAAAAAAGGAAACGUGGAAAGAAACAUAAGAAAAAGAAAUUACUUGAUAUAAAUGGCGAUUGUGGCAUGAUUGAAAUUUGCAAUGAUUUGAUUGAGGUUUGUAAUGAUAGAACCAGUGCAAAGAAAUCAGGAGAGACUUAUGGUGAACUUAAUGAAAGUUCAGAAAAUAGAAAACACAAAAAGAAACACAAGACAACACUUUCAGCAAAUACUUAUGAUGAUGCUCUUGCUGACUACAUUUAGGCUGAAAAUGGCUUGGAAGAGGUUUCACCCACACCACUUAAAGAAAUCAAAAAGAAGAAAGGCAAAAGUUAUCAGUCUUCUGGUAACACAGAAAAAUUGUUAAAUAGAGUGAUGGCUGUAAAAAUAUUACUUGCGAGCUAAGAAACAUACAAAUAUUGUGAUGUGAAAACAGGAAUUUAAACUUGAGAUUAAAAAAAAAACAGAUUUGUAAGAAUAUAUAUCAUAUUUCAACAUCAUGUUUCAGAAUUGGAUGAGUAUACAAAUUGUAUAAGAUUCUUGUUUGGUUCCGUAACUCCAGAAAUUAAAGAUUGGUACCAACCCAAAAAACAUACUUAUGUAAAAUAACAAAGUCAUUGUUUUAUUUAUGAUGAUAAACAAAUAUUUUUAGCCCUUAAAGAGAGAAUAGUGUUAAAUGGAGUCAAAUAAUCUGUCAAUUUCUGUUACUAAAAAAAAAUAUAAAAAUAAAUAGAACAUUAUAUGGAAUAGUUUUAGUCUACUGUUAUUUUAGGGGUAAAAUACUUUACAUUUUGCUAUUUGUUAUAAAAAAUGUUAUUUCGUCUCCUAUUCUGUUUGGCAUUUUGUAACUGAACAGCAAUUUUUAAGGAAAUGUUUCACUUAUCUGUUAUUUAGAAUAUUUUUUUGAUGUAUUAAGUUUGUCUACGAGAAAUAAAUGUGUAUUUUAGUACCCCAACCCUCUAAUUGUUUUAUUGAGAGCUUAGUUAGGAUGGUGUUAAAAAAGUUAUUUUGAAGGAUCACAGAAUAUUUGUGGGAUCCUAAAUCAGACUAGACAACUUUAAGUGCCAUUUUUGGUUUAUAACUUUUAACUAUUAAUAUUUCACUUUAAAUUAAACUUGAAAACGAAAUGUUAAUAUAAUUAAGCUGUUUACCAAACUGAUGGAUGCAUUAGCCCAGAGCACGAAUACUAGAAAAAUACCUGUA